CCUCUCUCCCUCCACCUCAAUCUCAACCAGCCGCCCAGCGAGAACAGAGAGCAUCCAUUCGCGUCUCUCUGACAGUGACAGAGGCUGCUCGCCAUUGCUCACCGCACUUUUCAGCCGGGACGUCGAUCUCGCUGACUGCUCCGCGCAGAAGUUGCGACUUCACGCUCGUCUGUUUCUCGUGCCAGGAGCUGAGCGCCGGGUCGGUCCGGUUGCUUGACACACACGCACACGCGCGCACAGACACCCUCCCCGGAGAUCAGUUUAUUCCCUGGAUGCUGGGUGAAUUAUCCGGGAGUUGCGAACAAGUGAACAACAAAGCCGAGGCUCGGGAUCUGCCUCCUCGCUCCGUCCUCCGAAGACGAGACUCCAGCCAGAGUUGGGGACGAUAAUGAUGUGGACGUCCCUGUAUCUUCCUGUUGUGAUUUUACUGAUGCAAUGUUCCCCCUCCGUUCCUGUCACAGUGACGACCAACAGACAUAAAGUGGAGGUAGAGGAGCACAAAGAUGCAGUGCUGUCCUGCAUAUUCUAUACAGAGACUGACCAGCAACCACGCAUCGAAUGGAAGAAGAAGGGGAAAGACGUCUCCUUUAUGUUCUAUGAGGGAAAGUUUCGAGGUCCCUUUGAGGGCCGGGCGACCAUUGAAGGAGCGACAGUGACGCUGAAAAAAGUGACCCAGGAGGACGCUGGAGAGUACCGCUGUGAGAUCAGUGCUCCUAAAGACUCUGUCACCCUGGGCGAGACCAAUGUAACGCUUAAAGUCCUAGUGCCGCCUCAAACCCCACUCUGUGAAAUCCCCAGCUCAGCAGUGACUGGCUCAGUGGUACAGCUGAGCUGCAGGGACCAGCACAGCAUCCCACCUGCCACUUACUCAUGGUACAAGGACAACCAGCCAAUGAACCCGCCCCGUCUUGCCAACGCAACCUAUCUAAUCAACUCGCGCACAGGAGUUCUGGAGUUUAAAUCUGUAGCCAAAGAGGACACCGGCCGAUACAGUUGCCUGGCAUCCAACGGAGUGGGACUACCCAAGAUGUGCGAGGCCAAGCAUAUGACGAUAGAGGACGUCAACGUCACAGCGAUAGUGGCAGCAGUGUUAGGGGUCUUCCUGGCCGUGCUCAUCUGUGGAUGCGGCGGUUUCCUGUUACAGAGGAACGGCUUCUUCAGCCCAGGACACAGAGGAAGGUCCAAUGUCAACUACAUCCCUCCACCCCAAGAACCCCAGGAUUUUAAACACACACAGUCGUUCAUGCUCUGAGAAGCUGGUCUUCCUCUCCAAAAACAAAACAAAGAG